CUUCUUCCAUCCACGCACUUUUUGCUUGUUCUCUCUGCCUGGCUAGGGGGGAGCCAGGCCACCCGAUUCCAUAUUGCCACGGCCUGGGCAUUGGAAUUCAUCAGUUGGGGGCUAAAGACUAGGCUCGCAGUGCAACCACCCUCCCACCUGCUAAUCCUGUGGAGGAAAGGCUAAGAAAGUGAAGACUAGAAAGGCAGUGGAAGGCAAACACGCUAGCGCCAAAAGCAAAAAACCUUUCACAAGCAGUACUUACUUAUACCUGCUUGGCCCCUCCCUCUCUUCUCUUCGCUCUCGUCGAUUCCUCCCUUCAUUCAUUUUCUCUGCCACGCACCCCACCUCACCAUGGGUAUUGUUACCGACCGCCUCAGGGGUCGCAAGACCAACCACGUCGUUGAGGAUCUCGGUCCUGUUGACGAUCGUGAUUCUCAGGAUACUCCCCCCGAGAACUUGGCGCGUGCGGAGAAAGAAGCAGAACAACACCCCGAGGAGGUCACGAAGGAAGCUCCGAUCGGUGUGCAGAAGGCCGAAGCCGCCGCCCUCGUGUGGACGAAGAAGGCGAUCGCUAUCACAUACGGCUGGAUCUGGGUAUGUUACUUUAUGCUGGCCCUGCACGAGUAUAUCGGCAGCAACGUCCUCUACUACGCGUACUCGAACUUCCAAAGCGCAUCGCAAGUCACCACGGCCUAUAUUCUGGCGACCAUCAUCGGUGGUGUGUUGAAGCUGCCGAUCGGAAAACUGCUGGGACUCUGGGGACGCGCUGAGGGCCUGAUUGUGUUUCUCUGCGUCUACAUCUUGGGUAUGAUAAUCCUCGCAGCUUGCAAUGGCCCCAACAGCUUCGCCGCCGGCUACGUGUUUUAUUGGAUUGGCUACGACGCCAUCUAUCUGAUUCUCGAGAUUUACAUCGCCGAUACGUCUGGCCUUCGGAACCGAGCCUUUGCUUUUGCGUUCUCGACGACUCCAUUUAUCUGCUGUGCCUUCACUGGUUCUCUGGCCGCCAACUCUUUCGUGAAGACCUCUGGCUGGCGGUGGGCGUAUGGCGCCUUCGCCAUCGUUCAGCCGUUCGUCUUUGCACCUUUGAUCUACAUCUUCAAGCACUACGAGCGCAAGGCGUACAAGCAAGGCCUGUUGACCCGCGUUCCCAGCGGGCGCACGACCAUGCAAUCGAUCAUCCACUACAUCCAUGAAUUCGAUGUGGUGGGUGCCCUGAUCCUCAUGGCCGCAUUUGUUCUCUUCCUCUUGCCGUUCAGCUUGGCCAGCUACGGUCGGACUCAAUACCACAACGCCGCUUUCAUCGCCCAGGUGGUGAUUGGGUUCUGCCUGUUCUUCGUCUUCGCGGCGUGGGAGAAGUGGGUGGCGCGCGUGCAUUUCAUCCCGUACGGGCACCUGCGCGACCGCACGGUGAUCGGGGCCUGCGUGUUGGCGGCAAUCCUGUACUUCAGUUUCUACUGCUGGGACAGCUACUUCUACAACUUCGUGAUGGUGGUGUACGACCUCGACAUCACCCACGCGGGUUACCUGACGUCGAUCUACACGGUUGGCUCGUGCGUCUGGUCGCCCGUAUUCGGCCUGUGGAUUCGACAGACGAAGGAAUUCAAGUACUCGUGCCUGUUCUUCGCGGUGCCGCUCAUGGUUCUGGGCGCGGGGCUGAUGAUUCAUUUCCGGGGCCAGGACGCCGAUAUCGGCUAUGUCAUCAUGUGUCAGAUCUUCAUCGCCUUCGCCGGUGGAAUGUUGGUUAUCGGCGAGCAGAUGGCCGUCAUGUGUGCUUCUACCCGUGACAACAUCCCAAUCAUGCUGUCGAUCGUCAGUCUGUUCACCAGCAUCGGUGGUGCUAUCGGUGCGGCGGUGUCGGCGGCCAUCUACAGCAACACCUUCCCCGAGGCGCUGCGCAAGGCCCUCCCCGCCAGCGCCCAGGCUGACUGGGAGACCCUCUACGCGGGCGGCUAUCUCGCCCAGAUGAAGUACGCCCCCGGAACUGAAGUCCGCGAGGCCAUCAACUUCGCCUGGGGCCAUAUGGAGAAGUACGAGGCUAUCGCGGCGACGGCGGUGUUGGUACUCGCUUUCCCCUGCGUCAUCAUGUGGAGGCACUACAGCGUCGACAAGAAGCAGAACAAGGGUACUAUGCUGUAGUCUGUUCACCUGGUCGACAGAAAAGGGGAUGACUUGUUGUUGAUGAUAAUGUCUAUGUCUAAUACCCUGUUUGUUUGCUUAUAUGUUUGAAAAGUUGCUUUUCCUCUUCGCAGUCGCGACAGUUCGCUUGAUCUCUGAUGUGAUAGAUCUCUUGAUUGCUGUUUUGACUUUAAUCUACCAGACCUGAUGGCCUGCAUUUAAACUUUUUAACUAAUAUUAUCUUUUUACCCAGAUAUGUAGCCGAAGUGUGCGGCGCAGAUUCAGUCUUAGCAGCCAUCAGGUUCCAGGAUCUAUGCCCCAAUUUUGUUAUGAGUGUCUGGUAUCUGAUACUGGCUUCGCAGCCAAUUCUUUUCUUUGACGUAC